AUGACUUCAUCGGGAGCAGUCGCGAAACAACAGCCAAAGGAAAUCUCGAGACCGGAUGCCGCAGGCGGCGUGGUAGAGCAGAAGGAAGCUAGCGCAAAGGCUAGCGCGAAUGUGAGUCUAGUCCUCUAUCCUACGUGAGGGCUCUCUGAUUCUGAUCUUCGUCGUCUUGCAGGCCGGCUUGAACUUGAAUGUUUUCGGUGCGCUUUCUGGCGCUUUCUCGAGCAAGUCUAGUAAGAAGACAGAACAGGACGGUAGUUCGGUUGAGGACCGAGAGGAGAACGCUUCUGUAAGCGGUAGGUUGCCCUCUUGAGGUUGAGUGUGCUCAAAUCGCGUAGCUGAUUCGUAAUUUCUAGGAGCCGGUGUCGGCAAUGCGAAUGCCAAUGCGGCGGCCAGUGCAGAACAGCGGGGUCGCGAGAUGCGUGCUGCGAUCCAGGAGCAGAACACGAAACGAGUCUCAUGA